CGCUCCGCCCCCCCCCCCCCCCGGUUACGGUGCAGGCAGCGCUCGGGACAAUAGGGGCACUGUUUGCGGCGGAUGGACACACUGCCGGCACCGCGGCAGCUGUCGAACUGAGUGGGGCGGCAGUGAGGAGUCGAGCGGCUCCCGCGGGGGGGGGACGGAGCAGUUCCGAAGUGGUUACUGAACAGCAAGAUCAUAAAGAUCACCUCUUCCAUGGUUGUGCAAUUUGAAACAUCAUUGCAACUAGAAUACUGAACUUAGAAGCAGAAGGAAUCAUGGCAAGCAGAGGAGCUUCUAGACCAAAUGGUCCUGGCCAGACAAAGAUCUGUCAAUUCAAGCUGGUCCUAUUAGGCGAUAUGGCAGUGGGAAAAUCAAGUUUAGUCCUGCGUUUUGUCAAAGGCCAGUUUGAUGAAUUCCAAGAGACAACAAUUGGUGCUGCUUUUCUUGCUCAGUCAGUCUGUCUGGAUGACACAACAGUGAAAUUUGAGAUUUGGGAUACUGCUGGUCAGGAACGUUACCACAGUUUAGCACCAAUGUAUUACAGGGGGGCCCAAGCUGCCAUAGUGGUUUUUGAUAUCACAAAACAGGAAACAUUUGAUCGAGCAAAAGCAUGGGUAAAAGAAUUGCAGAGACAGGCUAGUCCUAAUAUAGUGAUCGCCUUGGCUGGCAACAAAGCUGACCUGGCAGAUAAACGAAUGGUGGAGUAUGAGGAAGCACAAGCAUAUGCCGAAGAUUGUGGUCUGCUGUUCAUGGAAACGUCAGCUAAGACAGCAAUGAAUGUCAAUGACAUAUUUCUUGCAAUAGCAAAGAAAAUGCCAAAGAAUGAUCCUCAAAAUCCAGCAACUGCCGCCAGAAAUCGAGGGGUAAAUCUUCAGGAAACAAACCAGCAGAGUCAAAGGGGUUGCUGUGGCAAUUAACAGUAUUUGGACCUCGAACAAAUGAACAAUAGAGAAUAUGGAUAUUGGAGAUUUUCUUUCCUUUUUAUAUUAUUAGCACACUUUACUGUGCUAAUUCCUUUUAUUCUCUUCCAUUUUGGACUACUGCAUGAGUCAUUCUUCUCAUGGUUGACUACAGGUCUCUUCUGCUUUUACCUGGCACCUGUAGAAAGUAAAUGAUGUAAAUAGCGUGUCAAAUCAUUAUGUAAAGGUUAGUUACCCCUUUUCACCAGAUUCAAUGAAGGCCUUCUCUGCAAAUCAAAUUUUGUUGAGGAAAGAUAUUCUCCCACUCUUUCCUGCUCUUAUACUCAAUCCACUAUAACUUCUUCCUAUUAACUAAUUUGAUUACAAUUUCAUGUACAAUAAGCCUAAUUUGGAGGUAUUCUGAAAUGCAAUAGACACAAUCUCUCUUUGAAUGCAUUUUCUCAUAACUUCCAAACAAGUUUAGCUUGGGGUAGGGAAGGUAUUUUUAAAAUGUGAUAUAAUACAGUUUUGAAAAAGCUUUCAACAAUUGCUUGUGCGAAUCUUUAAGAACAACAGUGUGCUGGUUCUGAUUACUUGGGCACAAUAUUUAGAAGCUCAACACUGCUUUUUGCUGUUGUAGUUUGAAACCCCAGUAAAGUCUUACCCAUAAUAACAGACAACUAAAUCCUGUUAAUAAAUGAAGAUUGCUUAGAGCAAGGCUUGUCUAUAGUGCAAGUGGCAGUGCCCUUCAUUUAUCUUCCAUAUAUCAUGGCCAAGUCGAAGAAAGCUGUUGGGAUAAACUGUUACAGUUGCCUGUUUAUUUUGUGUUACUGAUGACGUUUUGCUUUUCACAUAUAGACCAUAGUCAUGUAUAUAUUUCUUCCUACACAUCAGUAGGAGAGAUGAUGCUGUACUGACAGUGUGUUUUGUAUGUCUGUUCUCAGUAUAGUAUAUUGAGUGAAUAUUAGAUAUUCUUGUACAGCGUAAGGGGGAAAAAAUGUUACAUCCAAAUCUGUAUUAGUUGCAGGAUGUCUUUUCUUUUUAACAAACUCUUGUGACAGAUUAUAAGUGGGGUGUAAAUUUGUUAAAAUUAACAGUCUGAAAUGAUCCCUUUCUUUUGGUCAAAUUUUAAGGUGUGUGUAAACUUGUCCUAAAAGUCUUGCUUUUCCUAAGCCCACAUGAAAAAAAUAAGCUCUUGAUGCUUUAGUUCAGAGUAAGUUCUUGGCAUCAAAUCUCCCUCCAUAUCUUAUUGCUUCAAUGUUGAAGUUUGCAUCAGCUACCUGAGAAAAGGAGACCAAAAAAUUACUCAGAAGUACAGUAAUAUUGAUUCUCUUUUAUUAACUGAAUAGAUUGACAUGGAGAGCAGGGACCACCCUCGGUGGCUUUAAUUGCAAUGGAACAUUGUACCAUUUAUGAACUUAUUAGUGUUGCAUUGAGCCACUUGGCUUAAAAUUAGACAGUUUUUUGAUCCAUUCGUCAAAACACCAAGACAAAUGUACAUGAUUGGAAGACAUGAAAAACUUUACUACAUGAAUGUUGGGAUUUCAUUUUGACCAGUUAUUCUAAAACAGCAAGGAUUGCUAACAAGGGACAGACAAUAUUUUGGGGCCUUGAUUUGUUUGGUGAAAAAAGGUAAGCAUUGAUUUAUUAUUUGACAUUACUUCUUAUUGUCAACACACAUUCACAAGGAUUUAGUGCAAUUAAAUAGGAUAUUAAUGAAGCUGUAUCACUGAUUUUUGGCAUUUUUCUUGCAGAUAAUCUCUGUUCCAUUGCUCUAACCAUAUUAUUGUACCUUCUAGGUCCAUCAGAAUGUGGUGUACUAAUUUUUUUAUAGCAUUGGGCUUGCCUCUGAGCUAGACCAUGUUUAUUAACUUUUUUGCAGGUGUCAGUAGUCUUAUUUAUUAGAAGCAUGAGAAGAAGAUUGUUCAGUGACUUAAGACUUCUGCAUCAGUCAGUUUGAUCAUGUCUGAUCUGUACUUCAAACUUAUUUACCUGUCUUUGCUCCAUAUACCUUAAUACCCUUACAUAAUAAAAGUAAUUCAGUUUUUUUCUUGAAAACUUUAAUCAUCCCUGAAUCCAAAAGUGUUUAGGAGAGAAAAUUCCAGAUUUCGACUACGUUUUAUGUAAAAGUGCUUGUUGAUUUUGCCCUUGGGAUCAUUCUUGAUUACACUAGAGCCAAUACUUUCUCUUAAAAGUCCGUUAAAUACUGUGAUUAAUUCAUCUUUCAAUUCUCUAUUCUUAAUGAAAAUUUUCAUGGCUCCAAUAAUUUAGUAAAAUUUGAGGACUUGUUAAUGCCUUAGUAAAUGGGUCACAAAACAGGACAACCAGGCCUUGCCCUGCUUAGCAAUUUGUGUGCAAAGUAUCUCAAAAGACUAGGCUGUUGAAGAACCCCUUUAGAACAGGGUGAAUUCAUGGAGCACCAGAUCAGGAUAAGAUAGAGAUUGGAUUAUCGCAGUCAGUGAUUAACCCCUCAAUUUAAUUUUCACAUUCAUAUAAUGGGGCUGUGCACUUAGUUGACUUACCUUUUUACUCCUGCCUUUAGAACUGCAGGAGUAUCUGCAGUACACUCUGCAUGCUUCCCACCCCACCCACACCCCUUCCUCAAAAUUGAUUAAUUUGCCUUAUUUUAUGCAUAGAAUGUGAGAGAUGAACAUAGAGGUGUAAUGCAUCUGAAAUUGAGUUAUGUGCCUUUCUGAAUCAAAUCAAAGCAUACAUACAUCUGUUACGUUUCUAUAAAUAUGCGUUUUACUUUGUAGGGUAAAUUUUUACAAAUUUGUAGUCCUGGGGUUGUUUUUCUUGCUGGUAGUGCGUAUUAGGAUUUCUGGCAAAGAAUUCAACAGGUCUGCAGUGCUUUUUCAUCAAUAGUUGAAAAUUCAUUUUGGGUCAUGCUGAUUUCCAUGCCAAAUUUCCAUAUUGUGGUCUUGAUGGAUUAAGCUUUAUACCAGAGUGCAGAUUUGUUCAAAUCUAAUUGUUUGUGUAUAGUUAAUUUCAUCAGUUAGCUGCUAAAUAAAUAAUGCAAAUGUUUGACCAUGUUAGAGGAUGGUUCAAGGAGAUACAAUUAUCUUGAUGUGACCUAGAAAGCAAGGUUCCUUCCACAUUGAGUACCAGGACGGAAAGCUUUGCACAACACUUUUUUUUUUCCCCAUAAAGAAGAAUGUCAGAAAAAUGAGAUGCUGACUUAGGGGGAAGAAUGAAUGGAGGCGAGACCUGAGUAACAUUUAAUAUGAGGAUGUACUUGUCAAGUUUGAUAAGUGUUGUUACAGUAAGCUUAAAUUGUGUUUAAUGGAAAACUCAACCUUUUAGAAUGUAUUUUUUUUUUUUAGUUAAUGUUACUAUUUUCUUAUCUUGCUGGCAGGUAUGUUUUUCCAACUGAGAGGGUGAUAGACACCCCUUCAGUUCUUCUCUUCUCUUUCUCCCCCACCCCCCCAUCAUCCUCUGCUGUUCUCCAAUUCCCCUUGCAGUUUGGCAAGAAUGGAUCAAGUGAAACCUAGGGCCUCACUUCUGUGAUGUAGCACGUUGGUGUUUCAGUAUACUGCGAUACCAGACACAACGCUUUUGUUAAUGUAUUUUCACACCUGUGUAAAGCUUUUAUUAUGGUGCUGUUGAUGCAUUCUGCUUUUUCCUCAAGUUCAGUAUGUAAUACUUAUAAACAGUGGUAACAUUAUGUUCAAUUGUUUGCAUUAAUGAUAUUUCAUCUUUCUUUGCAAUAGCAAAAUCAUUUUAAAAAUGGAUCUUUAUUAUUUAAGAGAUUAUACGUAAUGGUGACUAGUUCAUGAAAUUUUUGAGAAUAGUGUAUAGUCUAACUUCUAUUUCCAAAUUUGUGCAGAAGAAAAGCACUGUCCAAAUCAGAUUAUACUAAACCAGAUACUAUUCAUUUUUUAAAAAAAAAAACCUGAAGAGUAACAUUUGCUCGUUAUUCAAAAUGCAGUAAUUUUAAAACUCUCCGAAGUUACCUAGAAACCUUAUUCUUGUAAGUUGCAGUAAAACCAAACAGCAGCUUAAAUUCAGCUAAUGAAAACAAUGCUUCAGAAAUUUAGCUUGCAGAAUUGCCUCCUACCUAGACUUGACCAAGCUAUUUAAAAGUACUUUCCUUGGUCUGUGAUGUGGUCUGAACUCAGCCAUGACCGUGAUUGGGCAGUCUUUGAGCCUGGGCACGCCAUUGCUUGGGAGUAUUAAGAUUCCUAACUAAUGCUGAGAAGAGUGCAUAUUGGACGUGGGGUGAGAUGUUGGACUCUGUUGUAGUGCACUGCUUGAUCAAAUAGUAAAAUAGCAGAGUAUUUUCUGUUUUCAAUAAAAUUAACCCAGCAUCAGCAAAGAAGACACAAAAUUGAGAAAAAGGAAGUACUUUCCCUUGCCCUGUUUUAAGAGGAGGCAGAAUUAGUUUGGAAAAUUGGUUAUUCCCUUUUUUUUCUUUCAUGGAUGGAGGACAGAAGUGCUAGAACUGUUAUUGUCUGUUCUGGUGAAAGCUGGUGCUGUAACUUGAGUACAGCUUGAAAAUAAGCACUAUACAGAAUACACACUAAUAUUCUUUGGAUCAGUAGAGUGGAUAUAACUUUGUAAAGAUGUUUAUAGUUGUCUUAUUUUAUUGCAAUAAAUGCAGAUAAGCAAAA